AUUUCACCUGCUCCUAGUAUUGGGAUGAAUACAGAACAUGCUGACAGUGCUACUGAAACUCCAAGACCAACAUCACUUCUGAUWASWUCGUCUCAAUCAUCUGUUACUCCUGUUAUCAYCGCAAACACUACAGGACUUGUUGGCAGUGCUACUACUUCAGUAGUUGACUCUUGCGAUAAAAAACCAUGCCAAAAUGGUGGCAAGUGCAUGACUGAGGACGAAGACUACCGCUGCAUGUGCAAGCCUGGAUUCAUGGGAGAAAAUUGUCAGAAUGAAUUGGGAAAGAGCGCUGUCUCACCUGCAAAAAACUGCUUCGAGUUAAAGAGAAAGCGACCGUCUUUGCCAUCGAGUAGCUAUUGGAUUGACCUGGAUGAAGGCGAUCCCAGCAACGCUUUUCUUGGUUACUGUGACAUGGAAACAGACGGAGGUGGAUGGACACUCGUCUGGGCGUACACAUUUACUUUAUAUAACUUAUUUAGAAACGAUGCUAAUGCCUUAACCCCAACCCCUAAAAAUUAUGUGAAUACUYUCGGUAAUAUUUCUGAAACCGCUCCAAAAAACGAGACGGAUUUCAAUGCGCUUGACUUUUUAAAAUGGCGGCAGAUCGGCAGCGAAGUAUUCAUAAAGUCAAAUAUCAAUAAUUGGAUCGCCUGCUUGCCAGAUGUUGGCAGCUUUGUAUCGCUCGUAACAGGGUCUAUGAAAUGCCGAAUGAUCAAUCAAAUUGCCUCCGUUUGCGCUGAAAUCCCUG